AUGCGUUACGGGCCGUCUGGGCGCCCAGACUUGACAGCCGCGGUGCACUUCCACCCUAUCAGUGAUUGCAAUCAGCAAGACGCGAUGAGGACAAGCGGAGGCCCGUCCCAGACAGAUAGCAAGGCGCUCGCAGAGCGGUUCGAAAGAAACAUCCAGGAUGAUGUCAAACUCCUGGGAACAAAAAUCCCGCGUGAGGAUAUUCGAAAAGCUCGCACAUGGUGGGUGAUGGAUCGCGAUAUUGCUGGGGGUGCAUACGUGGCAGAAGCUCAGUCGGCGCCUAGCACUCGAGUGGCCCUCGACUAUGUGAGCCCGAUGCUUGUCCAGUCUUGCAUGCCGGGCACCUACGCGCCCACAAAGUCUGAUAUCCUGUUCAUGAGCUAG